AUGCCACUCGAUGAAAGAACCACAAUACUAAGAAAGAACAGAGUAUGCUUUCGCUGUAUUGCAUCGUGCGAUCACCUCGCGAAGGACUGCAAGGCCAAGGUCAUGUGCACCGAAUGUGGAAGCAACAAACACCUCGCCGCACUACACGUUGACGGUGAGCAAAGGCACGGCGGGGAGCAGGUAGCAAAUAAAGACCAAUCCGAUGAUGGCGCUAACCCUCGACAAAACCAGCACGCGGGAGAGAUUACAACCAAAUGCACCGAAAUAUGCGGGAACUCCCCCGGUGGGAAAUCAUGUUCAAAAAUCUGCCUAGCCAACAUAUACGUCACCGAACAUCCAGAAACCAAAGUGAAAGCGUACGUG